GCCAUUUAUUGUUAUUUGUGAUUUAACGACCCACGACUUGAAAUUAAGAGUAGAAUUUAAAAGAGCAAUGACUACUUUAAUAGAACAGUUGAUAACAAAGAUGGGCCUGCGGGAGGAGCCCAAUGUGAUGGAGAAAACCACUGAAUUGGUGCGACUACUGGAGCUGCGCUCCACAAAUGUCCCCCUGCAGAUCAACGAGUACGGCAAGAUAGUCCUGUGCGCAGACCUCGCCUCAUGUCUGCUGGGCAUCGGGUUCGACAAGGAGCAGGCCCUUAAGUUGUCUGGAUUGCGCCGGAGCCACUACCUCAACAACAAGCGGAUGUUCGAGAAGCUCCUGGACCUGAACAAGCUGGCCAGUGUGAACGACAUAUGUGUGCAGCUGGGCCUCAACGAGGUGACCCGCAAGGCUGAGGAGCUGAUGACCCUCUUCAAGGCCGUGGCGGCCACCGAGGACACGGGCACCGACACCACCCAUCCGCAGUACGCAGCCAUGGCCGUCUUCCAGGCCUGUCGCCUGCUCAAGAAAAAGGUCUCCAAGACCAAGCUCAUGCCCUUCAGCAACCUUCGUCCCACCCAGUUCCAACAGCUCGAGCAGCAGUGGACUCUCAUGAUAGCCAAGCACCACAAAGAGGGAAAAGGACUAGCGUCCUCCGAUUUGGAUGGGAAACUCAAGGAAAGUCAGCAGGAGAAUAUCAAGGGCCAAGAGGGCAAGAAGGCGCAGAAGCCUCAGACGGAGGACUACGAUACAUGGAAGGCGCGAAUGCUGGCCACAGCGCAGGCUCGGCUGAAGGAACAGGAAAGUUCGCAGAGUAAUCUGGAGGCUUAGGCAUUUGGAUUACAUUAUGGCUAUAAUAUAAGCCAUUUCCAUGAAAGAUCCAGUUUGUCAUUAGAAAUACUUAUUUAUUACAUUGAAUAUUACCAUUAGUUGUAGUUUAAAAUAUCAAAGAGAUUCUUAAGAAACGGAUAAAUAAUGCCAAUGUUUAAUUUGUUGGCAUUCUGAAAGAAUUUGGUUAUCCUCGUCAUCCCGAUCCCAAGGUUAUGCUUUUAAAUUAAACAAAAAAGUCAGAUUAAAAAUGUUUCGUUUUAAAAAAGAUGAACACACAUGUAUUCAGAUAAUUCCUCGUCAAAAUAUGAAAAAAUAUCAAAAGUAAUAUAGUAUAUAGUAUAUAGUUUCUUUUAGUUUGCAUCCCU